AUGGAGGCAGCUGGUGCUAUUCUCAUUGCUAUCACUAAUGUCCCAGAGGCUUGCUUUUGGGUGGAGGCUUCAAAUGGAAUUUAUGGACAAACGAAGAAUCCAUACGACUCCAGAAGAGGUACUGGAGGUAGCAGUGGUGGUGAAGGAGCUCUAAUUGGUGCCGCGGCAACAGAAAUCUGCGUAAUAUAUCUCAAAGCUCUGCGUUUUCAGAUUGGGAUUGGCAGUGAUAUUGGCGGCAGCAUACGUAUACCAUCCUUCAUGAAUGGAAUAUUUGGCUUGAAGCCUACUCCAGGUGUCGUCCCCUUAGACGGUCACGUUCCAAUGCCAAAAGACUUCCAAGAGCAAAUGCUUUGCAUAGGACCAAUGUGCCGUUACGUUGAGGAUAUACCAUUGAUGAUGGAGGUAUGGGGAUUUGAAGCUACGAAAUCUCCCCAUGAUUUUUCAUCAUAA